CCUCCUAAUGUCCUGACAUCAUUGGCCCUGCCUCCAAAAACUCCUUGCUUUCCCCCAAAGUAAGUUUUCCAGUCCUGCUUUCAUUAGAGUCAGAAAGAAACACUGUGUGCUCCCAGUGUUAAGACCAAGCAUUAGCAUAUAGUUUCGUGCCCUGGAACUAUAGAUUGUAAAACUAUGUUUUAAUGAUAAUCUAAGGACCUUUUGGUUUUCAGAGUGGACAGCUUGGGUGUUAUAUGCGGUUCAGCAGGAGAUGGCUGUUCAGGCUGCUAUCAUGAACUCACAGUUCCUAAAUUUCUGUUUUCCUGGUUCGGUUAUGGAGUACGAGGUGGAGAAGGGUCUGGAUGGGACAUUCCUGGGUGAAGUGGACUGUGAGGGUGAGUUCAGGGAGGCAACCAGUGACUUGCUCAGCUUCAUUGACUCUGCUUCCAGUAACAUCAAACUGGCCCUGGAUAAGCCAGUGAAGUCCAAGAGGAAAGUUAACCACCGCAAGUAUCUACAGAAACAGAUCAAAAGAUGCACAGGAAUCAUGGGACUGGGGAAUGGAUCACCUCAUGAUGCUUGCAAAAGUCAUGACUCCACACCAAGUCCGAAUAGCAUCAUCCAGAACAAAACUCCUAAGCGGGACGGAGCUCAGGCCAACCUGCAGAGCAAAAGUCUGGCUGCUCUCUUUAACCAUGCCAAGGAUUUGCGGGGAGAGAAAACAAAAAAGCCUCCACUACGACAUAGAAACCUGCCACCAUCCUUCUUCACAGAGCCAGCCAACAAUGCCAGAGUUACAUCCACUUCUGGCAUGUCCCUCAAAGAUCUUGAGCGGGGGAAUCCAGAUGCAACAGAAUUCUUUGAGCUCCUGGGGCCUGACUACAGCAACAUGGUCUCUGAGCAGGAACUCUACCACACCAUGCCUAACAGGGUCCAACAGCAGGGAACCACAGGACCGGAAACAAUCUCUUUUGACUCCCACAAUUUUGUGACAGGUGGGUUUCUGUAUGCAGAACCAUGGACCACAAGUGCUGGGAUGUCCAAAAAAACAGGAGACAUAAAGAUAGUUCCAGGGCAGUCAUCUCUAUAUGGGAACACAGACUCAUCUUGCCCAGUGCCUAUGGAGCAGAACUCUACAUGUUCGUUGACCUUCCCAAACUUCUUUACAGACUGCUCCGUGUCCCAGGUCUCAUACGAUCUGGCUAGCGGAUACAGCCGAGGUAGUUUUCCAUCUCUUUAAGUGAAGCAACUUUUUCACUUUUUGAAAGAACUUUUUGAAACAAAAAUCUGCAAAGGAAAUAAUUUUUAACUAUGCAUCUAUAUGAUGAUUAAUCAGAAAGAAACAUUUUGGACCAACUUAUUUAGUGAAAUGUUAAUCUCAGCCUGUGCAGAGGGAUAAUCUUGCUGCUUACUUGAUGUCAGGGACUUUUACAACAAUCUCUAUCAUUUACAACAAUCUUUAUAACAAUCUCUAAGUUCUAUCACACCUUAUAAAUUGUUACAGGAAUCGAUUAAUAAUUUUUCAUAUGCUUUUUCAUAGAGAUGAAAUCACCAUGGAUAGGGUGAGGGAUUUUUUUUUAGAACAUUAUCUCAGGGUGUUAUCUUGCUUGUUUCAUAUAUUGAAAAAUAACAAUAAUCAUUUAGUCUAAAAAGAAAAGAAAAAAGACAAUUAAGGCAGAGUAAUAAUCACUUUUAACUGUUACAAUUUAUUAGGAAUAAAAGCUACAAGAACCGUGAUUAGAGAUUUAUGUUUUUCAAUUAGAAAUAUGGAAAUAAAGUCAUAUUUUAUAGAGCAAUUUGGUGCUUUCAUAUUCAGAAAGAUGCUCGGCAUCCUCAUGCUUUCCUCAUAAAAAUCAGUCAGUAGUAGAUUUUACUGUUUUAUAUAAAAGGCUUGUUUAUUAGCAUGUGCUCUCGGCUCUCUGCAGUAUUUUAUUAAGAUAAUGUUGUAUGUGGAGUAUAUAUUCCUUUAAAUUUGGAAUAAAAGCAAAUCUAAAACAGUGGAUGUAAAGCUUCUUAGACGGGGACUACAAAGUGGAUCUUGGAUUAUCACUACAGUCUAACUUUGGUUUAGGAUAGAAAAUGAGAGUAGAUACUGGAUAUUUCAAACUUGAGUACAAAACUGAGUCCAAAAUAUAACACAUUAUAAUGGGUAGUAAAAUAUAGUGAUAUAUAUUCUUUUUAUGGCAAGUGCCUUGAAUGUAUUUGGAACAUAUAAACUGUUGAAAGCACUGACAAUUUGCUUUAUUGUAAAUAACCUCAAAGUGUCAACAAAAGCAACGUUCAAGUAGUUAAAGGAUUGUGUUUUAGGUUCUUACACUUGACUGCUCUCUUGCUCUAUAUCACUUCACCUGAUAUGAGCAGUAAGAGCAAUAUGUUUGUUCUUGUUGAGAAUGUAAUAAGGCAUAAUAAAGCUGGUCUUUAUUUCUC